AUGGUUCGGAAAAUUGUUGUCGUUGGUUUACGUUAUUACGAGGACCCUUUUUACAAGUGCGCUAAACAUGUGACGGGCUCGAGCGGGCCCCCGGCGGGAUGCGGCCACCAGAGGAACCGCUCCCUGGACUCUGUUCUCCAGAGGAUACCGGAGGAUAUGACGCCGACUUCGCCCGAGGGUGCGCCGCUUCGUAUGCCUAUUGAACCGUCCGCGCCAAGACUCGCCUUGCCACCAGAAGUCCCAGCGGGUUCCGAUGACUCGGGCAUUCACACACCGCCUGAUUUCAAUGAUGAAGAGAGACCCCAACCUCGGGCUGCCGCCCGAUCGCGGGAAAGUCUUGACUCCGGCAAUCCAGAAGAAACGGAAAAGCCACCUGAUCCGCCCGAUACGAUAGGACCGCCCAUCACAACCGAUAUAUCGUCCGCCGAAUCCUCCAAACACAAAGACUUCUUACUAAGGCUCUUCGAGAGUAACCUGUUUGAUAUGAGUAUGGCAAUCUCGUAUCUUUUUACCUCCAAAGAAUCGGGCGUGCAGACCUACCUGGCUAAUAAACUAUUCUCAUUUCCACACGAGGACGUGGACUUCUAUUUGCCACAACUUGCGACGAUGUAUAUAGAGAUGGGUGACGUCGCAGACCUUCUUCGGCCGUAUCUAGUUUACAGGUGCAAACAGAGCGCUGAAUUUUCUUUACGCCUCGUGUGGUUGUUGACGGCAUUUGGAGGUGAAUCAAAGAGAUCUAAAGCGAUCAAGUUACGAGAUUCGAUUCUUGCUGAAGAGAUAAGACCAGCGGCGAGGCGAGGUCAUCACAGAUCGCAGUCUGACGCGUCUGCCCUAAGGAUUGCAACGCCUUCUGGGAGGCAUUUAGGUGACUUGGCGUCUGGAAGGGCUUUCGAUAACGGCUGCCUCUGUGGGGAACAGUGUUCCUGCGGAGCGCCUAGAUUAGCACCACAGAUACAGUUUCUCACGGCCCUUACGAACAUCGGUCGGCGUCUGGCCAGCGUCGCGGACAAAGAGCGAAGGAAUGGUAGAUUACGAGCCGAAUUAGCGACGCUAGAUUUGAACCUGCCAGCACGGGUUUGGCUUCCCCUGCACAAACGACCACACUACGUACUGCGGAUACCACCGCACGCCGCCGCCGUGCUAAAUAGCAAGGACAAGGCGCCGUACAUAAUGUACGUGGAGGUGCUGGAGACAGACGGCCACGAGCCGCUCCCUCCCCGCCUGCUGCCACCCGCUCCCCCCGCGCCCCACUCGCCCCCCAUCCGACAUACGAAGAGCGAGGAGAAUUUGGUGCCCGAGUGGCCCGCGCUCUCCCUCUACAGUGCGCUGGAUGAUGUGGAUGCUGGAGACUGCUGGAGUCACGACGACGACGAUCUUGGCGCCCACUAUCCUACGAGAGCGCCGGCGCCUGACAGUCUAUCUCAGAUGUCGGGCCUGUCUGUGGCGUCGGUGCAGUCGGUGCAGUCGGGGUCUUCUUGCGGGUCGCGCGAGUCGCUGGCGGUGGGCGCGGGCGAGGUGCGGCGGCGCCUGGCCGACGCGACGGCCGCGCGCCCGCCCAACGCCUUCCGCCACGACCCCGCCGACCCCUCCGCGCUCGCGCUCAAGGAGUCGUGGGAGAGCAAGUUGGCGCGCAUGCGCGGCGCGUCGCCGUACGGCUCGCUGGGCGGCUGGCGGCUGCUGGGCUGCAUCGUGAAGGUGGGCGACGACCUGCGGCAGGAGCUGCUGGCCGCACAGCUGCUGCGCCGCCUGCGCGCCGCCUGGGACGCCGAACGUGUGCCGCUCAAGCUGCACCCCUACGAGAUACUCUGCCUCGACCGUGAGUGCGGACUCAUACAGCCCGUGCUGAACUCUGUGUCGCUGCACCAGAUCAAAAAGCAGUCGGGCAAAUCAUUACGCGCGUGGCUGGAGCUAGAGCACGGGCCGCCCACCAGCGAGGGCUUCCUGCGCGCGCAGCACAACUUCGUGGAGUCCGCGGCCGCCUACGCGCUCACUAGCUACCUGCUGCAGCUCAAGGACAGGCACAAUGGAAACAUUUUACUGGACAGCGCAGGCCACAUCAUUCACAUUGACUUUGGAUUCAUUUUUUCGACGUCUCCUAAGAACCUAGGUUUUGAAAGUUCACCUUUCAAGCUGACUCAAGAGUUCGUGGAAGUGAUGGACGGAGAGGAGUCAGAUAUGUUCCAGUACUUCAAAAUUCUAAUACUUCGCGGUCUCAUCGCAGCGCGAAAGCAUUCCGACCAGAUUAUACAUCUCGUCGAAAUUAUGCGCAUGGGCGGGCAGCUGGCAUGCUUGCGCAGCAGCGGCGCGGUGGCGGCGUUCCGCGCGCGCUUCCACCCCGGCCGCACCGAGCUGCAGCUCACGGCGCUCGUGGACCGCCUCGUGCGCGACGCGCUACGCUCGCUCUCCACGCGCCUCUACGACAACUACCAGUACUACACCAACGGCAUACUCUAG